AUGGUCACUGUGGAGUUAGGAUACUGUUGCACAUUGAAGGUUGUCGCUUGUCGGCUGGCUGUAGGCUUGGCUGACACAGCACCGGCCAGUGAAGGCUGCUUUUGUGAGGUUUGCAGCUUAAGACAGGCCAACUCUUGUACCAGUGAUCUUGGUUUCGCCAUGUCGGACGUCGACGAAGACUACGGCGACCUCACUUGUGACCUGUGCGCCCAAACGUUUGGACAGGACGACAAGGAUAAGCCUCCUUCGAUCAAGGAUUUCAUUUCCGUUCAACCGGCUUCUGCGACUGCCUCUGUUUGCAAGCCAUGCUACUACGUGAAGCGUGGAUCUUUUCAAAACUCCAAACAGCGUGCAUUGUCAGCGGCCAUGGAAGAGCACCCAGCAGUCAAAGAGAAGUUUGAUGCGCUGCGCUCAGCUUUCGUGCAGAACCAGGCAUUGCACCCCAAGAAGAAGGCCAGGCACGAGCGGUGCAACCUCCAGGAAUUGGUGAAGCGAUCGAGUGAAGACUACGUAGACUUCCAAUCAGUUUCGCAGCUCUUGCCCCUCAAGGAGUUCCUCGAGAAGCAGAAGUGCAAAAAAACCUUCCGAGACGACAAAGAGCGAAAAAAAUACAUCACGCAAACCUUGAAGCUUCAGGUGCAAAAAGAUCCGAAGAAGGGCAUUUGGUGCGUUCCUGUCGAAGACAAGACACUUAUGCUAUCCGGCCACCGAGUGUCAGCUUCCCGGGUAAAGCAGCAGUCGAUGGAAGACCGUGGGGCUGCAAAGGCAGCCUUCGAGAGUGCAUCGUCGAAGAUCCGAGCCAAGACAAACAGCAAGGACGAUGUCCACGAUGCGCAUGUUGCUGAUGCUGCAGCCGGUGAUUCGGAGUCGCAAAGCGACUCGAGCAGUGAUGACUCAUCGGACUCCAGCUUUGCGCAGCUGAAGUCCAACAAAAAAAACAAUGCAAAGGCCGCCAAGGGUAGUUCUUCAAGCGAUUCUGGUGCGGAGUCUGAGCCUCCGACAUCGACACCUGUGAAAGAAGUUGGCUGCGGCAGAGGGAAGGGCUCAGAGCCUGGCAGUGGCCAGAAAAAACGGCUGUCCAGUGGACCUGCAGAAAAGGCAGCGGCAGCUCCCGUGAACAAAAGAGCGAAGAAGAAAAUCUCCGCUGCAGAAGCGGAGAAGACCUCGCCCAAGGUGAAAGAGGGCGCUGAAGCAUAUUUUGCAUUGCUUCACGAACUGACACCUGAUGUUCUGUGGCGCUCGUGUGUCCGGACCGCGGAAGUAGAUCGACGACUGGGACGAUUGCCUUCGGUACGUUCUAGCUUGGAGUAA